AUGGUUUUUGCAAUAAGUAGAGCUAGCUAUAUAUUUCUCCGUGCUAGCACGAGUUCUAGGAAUAAUUAUACAAAUUUUAAACUUUCAAGGAUACGUUCAGUGAAUUUCUCUAUUAAAACUGAUAUCUCCGAAGCGGAAGAAGAAACUCCAAAGCUAACUCCGCCGGUAGGAGAUGGAAAAGUGUUCAAAAGUGUGGAAGAGACAAUUUCAGACAUGCCAGAUGGUGCUAAACUCUUAGGGUCCAAAGAUUUAACCGUUGUUUCGAAUAAUGCAGGGGUGGAGGACUUUGGAUUAGGUAUACUGUUAAAGGAACAUAGGAUUAAGAGAAUGAUUGCCUCCUAUGUUGGUGAAAACCCUGAAUUUGAGAAACAGUACCUCAGUGGUAAAUUAGAGGUUGAAUUGACUCCACAAGGUACAUUAGCGGAACGUAUUCGUGCGGGAGGAGCUGGCAUACCGGCCUUCUACACCCCUACUGGUUAUGGAACAAUAAUUCAAGAGGGUAAUGUGAUUGUAAAGUACGACGAAAAUGGAAACGCCGAGAUAUCCGGGGAGCCAAGGAAUGUGGCACAGUUUGAAGGCAGAAAUUUUGUCUUGGAGCCAGCUAUCACCGGAGAUUUUGCUCUCGUGAAGGCGUGGAAAGCAGACAAAGCUGGGAACCUAGUCUUCAGAAAGUCAGCCAGGAAUUUUAACCCAGUUAUGUGUAAAGCAGCUAAAAUAGCGAUUGCUGAAGUGGAAGAGAUUGUGGAAAAUGGUCAACUGGAUCCUGAUCAUAUUCAUUUACCUGGAAUUUUUGUAGACAGGAUUGUCAAAGGUCCUUCCUAUGAAAAACGUGUGGAGAAACGAUACACCAAACAAAACGUGAAGCCCAAGAAAGUAACACCAGCGAGCAAAGCGAGGGACAGGAUCAUCAGACGUGCUGCGCUCGAGUUUAAAAAUGGAAUGUAUGCCAAUUUAGGCAUUGGUAUACCUAUGUUAGCUUGCAACUACAUUCCUAAAAACGUGAAAGUGACGUUGCAAUCUGAGAAUGGCAUUCUGGGCCUUGGUCCAUUCCCAGAAGAGUCUGAGGUCGAUCCAGACUUGGUAAAUGCUGGGAAAGAAACAGUCACAGUCCUUCCAGGAGCCUCUUUCUUCAGUAGUGAUGAUAGCUUUGCUAUGAUUAGAGGAGGUCACGUUAAUCUAACAAUGCUUGGGGGCAUGCAAGUGUCUGAAACUGGAGAUUUGGCCAACUGGAUGAUCCCAGGGACAAUGGUAAAGGGAAUGGGAGGAGCAAUGGAUUUAGUUUCUGCAGCAAGCACCAAAGUGGUGGUGACCAUGGAGCAUAAAGCAAGAGAUGGAGGUCCAAAGAUCUUGAAAAACUGCUCGUUACCAGUCACAGGUCAACAAUGCGUAGACUUGAUAAUCACAGACAUGGCGGUGUUCGAGGUGAUCAAGGGAGAAGGCUUGAAACUGAUUGAAAUCGCGCCUAACGUUGAUAUCAGUGAAGUUGUUAGCUCUACAGGUUGUGAAUUCUCGGUAGCCGAUGAUCUGAAGGAGAUGGGUCAAGUGGACUUACAGGACUGUCAAUAGAAAUAUGUUCCUAGUCUAUUUCUGGCUUCAUUUAAAGACAUGUAAAACGAAAGUGAUACUUAAAAACGUUACAUUCUAAAAAUUGUGAAAUAAAGAAAAGGCCACAUCGUUUAUUCUAAGAAUUGUAAAGCGUACUUGUAAAUCUAACAUAAGUGUCCUAUUUCACGUCAUACGGUAGCUAGGUUUUAACGAAGAUAAUGUAUAAUUUUGUAAUAUACAUGCUAAGAUUAAUAAAAUAAUAAAUUUCGAAG